CUUCUAAGCCUUUUGUUCUCUUCAUAAUCAAACUUCAAAAUCUUCUAACUGCUUUUUCAUAUCUUCGGUGUUUCUAUGGAUGAUUCUAUGAGCUCUACCAACCACAAAAUCCGCCAAACUCUCUAUUCAGACAACGAUUUUGAGUCUUCUUCUGAAGAUAGUAGUUGGUCUUUGUAUCUUGAUAACUCUGUCGCUACGAGUAAUUCGAAAGGUACUGUCAGUUGUUCUGAUUCUGAAAUCUCCUCUAUAUAUUCCGGUCCUGAUGGUCGAGCAAAAAAGAUGAAUCAAAACGAAGAUCACAUCGAAACAGCUAGAUCGAGUGCUAAAAGGAGAAAGAUGACAGUUCCUUGUAUUGAUCAUGAGCUGGAGGAUACUGCAACCUCUCCUGUUUGUAAUUCUAUGGUUCAGGAGUUGGAACAAUGGUAUUUGGCUAUGCAAGAGAUAAUAAGCUCUGAUUUGAAAGUAUUCCCAUCUAUGCAGCAAGACAAGCUUGACUAUGCUUGGGUUUCUCAGGAGAAACAAAAUACUUCCAACCAGACGGGAGAACAAAUACAUUCAAGUUGUAUUGGGAAAGAAUUCAACAAUGCAGGAUUAAGGGAAAAGGGACUGUGUUUAGUCCCAGUUUCUUUGUUAUUCUAGGUUUGGUUAUUAACUACCACCCCACCUAUUCAAAAUCCUUCCAUAUCUUUUCUACCCUGGAUUGGAUAUUUCUCAUGAACAAAGAUGGAAGAGGGAAAGAUUUACAUACUGAUAACUGAUCAGGAUAUGGGAACAACACUAAUCUAAUGCAAUAUUGAUAUCGGUCCACACAAUUUCAAGGGGGAUGACGGCUUUUUUGUCUAUGGACAAAGAAUUCGUGUGGGCAACUACUAAAGUUGAUCUAUUCAUUCAUGU